AUGAAAUUUCAAGGCUUGUUUCUCUGUGCUUCGGCGUUUACGGAGGGGAUUAUCGGCGCCUCGCCGUCUCUGGCAACCUCGAAAGCCGCGGCGGCGUCCCUGGCAACGAAGACAAGAAUAUGGUCAACGACAGAGAGCUCCGUUACGUACUACCAGUUCAUCAAUCCUCGCAAGAUUACGCUUAUUACCACCAAGACAGUCACAUCAUACGAACCGCCUGUCGCCACAUUGCCCACGACGGUCACCGAAAUGGUUGUCUCUCACGUUACUUGGGAGGACCGCAUAUCGUACUCCGACGGCGAGAGAAGCACGUCCAUCACGUCCUUUGUGGCUACAGUCCCCGAGACUUGGGCCAUUGCCAAGCCACAGCCCACCGACCUGCCUUCCGGCACCGGCGCUGGUGCAGCAGAACUCCAAUGCAGCGAGGAGCUCAAUCCAGGCAGGCCAGAAGCAGCAGCAGACUCGCUAUGUACAGCGCAUGGGCUCAAAACAGGAUGUCAGGGACAAUGUGCACUGCGUGACAACAGCUGGUGGUGUUUUGAGAUGCACGAAAGGGACUACACAAACGCUGCCUUGCGUAUGGGCCGCGCAUGCUGGGGCGGCAACCUCGAGUUCCGACAGCUAAACAAACCCUGCGUCGUUGGUGAUGUCGGGAUGGCCUGCGUGCCUGGCCAGGGGCUCAACACGUCUUGGGGGGCAGUUAACUGGGAAGGCCCAGAGGCCGCUGGGUGA